UCAAAUUGCAUGUUUUAGUUAUAAACGAGACCAUAUGGAAACCAUAACUUAAAAAAAGAAAAGAAAAGGCGAAAAAAAAAAGCUGUAUAGUAACGAAGGCGGUUACUAAGAAACAGUGGGUGUGGUUUCCAAUUGAGAACGGCAAAGCAGUUGAAGGGCGUGUCGAAAAAAGUUGUAGUAACUGUUUAAUGACUAUGUUAUAGAUGGAAACGGAUAGUUGUGGAUAGAUAGUUUCAUCCAAACAAUCCAACGUGGAGGCGUUUUCUUAUUCCUGUUUUUUUUUUCCUUUUCAUUUAAACAAAAAAAAAAAGGAAGAAAAUUAUCAUCCACCUUAUUUUAAUUUAAAUUUCCCCCCCUUCCUACCAAGCUUUUCUUUUUUGCGCUUCCUCAUUACCUGCCUUGUUGUUGCGUGUUACGUCACCAGUAAUUGAGUACAGGAAAAAAUGACGUCAGUGCGCGUGUCAACAUGGUAGAUUGCGGAGGCUUACGGUGUGCUCAAGAAAGGCGCAGCUUUAAGAAAGAACUGCUAUCAUGGGGCAAGAAAAUUCCAGUUUUGAUCGGUUUAGAAGCAGUUGCUUUGGAAAUUGGUGGUCAUGAUCUUGUUUCAGAAUUGCUGGAACCCUUUAAUCGUUUAGAAACAACUGUUGUCAGCGACUGGGAACCGCAGGAAACCUGCUUUUAUUGUGAUUCCAAAAUAACUUACCCUGGCUCUGAAGUUAGUGAAGAUGGCAUUAGUAAACUACCCUCAGGGUUCAAAUGCACACCAGAUCUUCUACAAUAUUGCCCACAGUACUAUACCCAAGCUGCACAACAGGACUCCUCCCAGCAGCCACUUGACCUCAGCUCUAAUGGUUGUAGUCUGGACAAUGUGCCCUCUCCAGGCAGUGCUUGGGAAUUAGAUUUAGUAACCAAACCACAUGUCGAAUUAAAGAUACCACACAUUACAAUGCAGGCAGGGAAAUGCAAAAAGGACAGUCACCUUCAGAAUGGAAAGAAAGCUUAUACAGAAGAGGAAUUGGUGAACGCAGUCUUUGAAAUCCGCAGUGGAAAACUUGGUACACGCAGAGCUGCUGUGCUCUAUGGCAUUCCACGUUCUACUCUUCGUAAUAAAAUUUUCAAAAUGGAAACAGAACAACAGCAAAAACAUCAGCAGCAACAACAGCAACAACAACAACAACAGCAGCAACAACAACAACAACAGUCAGGUGUAUUAAACAUGGAACUUGAAUGCAGUGAAGAUAGUCAGCAUUCUGAGAGUGCAAAUACUAAUAAUAAUAAUAAUAAUAAUAAUAAUAAUAAUAAUAAUAAUAAUAAUAACAAUAAUAAUAAUAAUAAUAAUAGUAAUAAUAACAGUGUGCAACGUAUGUCUACUAUGUCAACAUCAUCAUCAACAGCGACAAUAGCAGCAACUCCCAUUCCAACAGAUCCCAACCGUUUGUCUCCUUAUAGUUUGUUGCUCCCUCCUGUGGUGAUGAACAGCCUUUCGAAUUCACGUGACUUUCUGCUACACUCCGAAGAUGACUGGGAAAAGAAGCUUGAUCAGAUCCGACGUAAGCACAACCUUAAUGGCGCCUCAGCAGAUGUAAAAUAUGAGAAACUGCCUUCUCUAGUUGGUACUACAAAUAACCAUAUUAAUAAUAUUAACCCUAAUACCACUACUAAUAUUACAACUACUACUACUCCUCCUACUACUACUGCUACUAAUAAUAAUAAUAGUAAUAAUAAUAAUAAUAACAAUGAUAAUAGUGCACUGAACACUGAUUUCAAAUUGCCUCUGUUGCAUGAACUGGUGCGUAAAAUGACCGAGCAGCGUCUCCUUAGUGAGCAUAAAUCCUCAAACACAAAGUCACCAGUUGCCUUAGAAAUUCUUCGUCAACCACAUGAGGCAAACCGCCAUCAUCAGCGACAGCAGCGGCAACAGCAGUCCAUGAGUAACUGCUCCAGCACCCAAACUGUGGAACCGAAUCCCAGUUACAGACUUAUGUCCUUGAAAAUUCCGUCCUACCGGCCUGCAAAAACACAAAACAACAACAACAAUAACCAUAACAACAACAACAGCAGCAACAACAACAACAGCAACACAGACAGUACUGGUGGAGUUGAGGAACGGCCUUAUGACAGCAUGAAGAUCGGUGAUGCCCUCAAAGACAUCAUUGUGAAAACUAUUUCAGAAAAGGUUUACAAGCGUAAGCAUCAAGGGGAUAGCUUCAGUAGCACACAGGAUGAGAACCAUCCUGGUAACAACAACAGCAACAACAAUAACAGCAACUGCAAGACAUAUUCUUCAUCAGGAUCCAAUGUUUCUUCUAUGGUAGCCAGCAAGAAAAUGAAGAGAUCUGUGAGCCUAGAUAAAAAAGCAACAGAAAGUGCUAUUGACAAUUCCAAACCUGUGAAAAAAACCCGCCCCAAGCGUGGCCAAUAUCGCAAAUACAACAGUCAACUGUUAAUGGAAGCCGUACGUGCUGUUCAGCGUGGAGAAAUGAGUGUGCAUCGUGCAGGCAGCUACUAUGGUGUGCCACACUCUACAUUGGAGUAUAAGGUUAAAGAGAGGCAUCUACUGCGACAGAAGAAAAUCAAAGAAUCUCAAUUACAAAACGAAGCUAACAACAACAACAACAGCAGCAACAACAACAAUAACAAUAAUAACAACAGCAACAACAGCAACAGUAAUAAUAAUAAUAACAAUAUUGUCAUCAACAACAACACAUCCUCUGAGGACUCAAGCAUCACAAAUCCCAUAUCUGUUGGCUCCGGGGUUAGCACAGCAGUUGGUGCAGGUAGCAGUGGGGUUGGCUCCACUGUUGCAGGUUCUGCUAGCAGUACCAAUACUGGUGGCAGCAACAGCAGCAGCAGCAGUGGCGUCCCCAAAAACAUCAUCUCCAACAGUAGCAACAAUUCUAUAAAAACUGAAAAAUCCAACAGCAACAGCAGCAGUGGCAGUAAUUCUAAGAAUAAUGGUAAAAAUGACAGCAAACCACUGAAUUCGGUUUGGCUGCAACAAUAUGGCAAUGGACUGCCUCCUCAAUAUGAUGCAUCUGGUAUGAAUCUUUUUAGCAGUAGCUUUGCUCUGAGCACACCAGCCUCAGAACUCCUGCGCAAACUGCAGCAUAAAGUGCAGAGCAAAUCUAAUACAUUUGCUCAAGAUGCUAACUUCCUUGCUGGAGCCCUGCACAGACCGAAUGGGAUGAAUUCAUUAGGGAGCAGUUUUUUGUUUAUUAAUUGAAACCUCGAAGGGGUGGUACAUAGGUGAAGAAUCCGACAAAAAAAUUGAUAAAAAUGAUAUGAUAUUAAAACUAAAUUAAAAUUAAUUUAAAUUAAAACAAAAUAAAAGAAAACAGCAAUUAUUUAUUUCAAAUAAUAAUUUAAUAAAAUAUUCAACAAAUAAAAAGAAAAUAUUGAGGAAAAAACUGUAAAAGAAAAAGAAAAAAAGCUUUGAACUUUCAUAAGGAAAUCGGCAACGACUUAAAACGUCGAGUUAUUGCUGCUUGAAAAGAAAAAAUAAGAGAAAAAAAAGGGGUCUUUCUUUACCAUCUGUCUUUACUUCAUGUAUACCAUGUGUUUGUGUGCAUGGCUGAGCAGUGUGUAUGCAGCAUGUGUUAGUGGCUGUUCCCACGAAGAAUGGUCAAAUCUACUUGGAAUUGUUUUGGCACCAGUCACACUCCAGCUGGUCACAAAAUCAAUAUAUAUAUAUAUAAUUUUUUGCUUGGACACAGUUUUAAAAAUUAUUCUGCUGGAAUUUUUCAAGAGUGCAUCAUCGCCACCAUCACCACCCCCACCCCCACUUUAGCAUUAGCAUCAUGGGAACCUAUCUUUCUCUGCACCAGUGUCUGUUCUGCUUUCUUUGAUUGUUGGGUAUUUCAGGGGAAGAAGGGGUCCAGUUUUUUUUUUUAGUUCUUUUUUUAAUGAUCGGCAUCUUUUUUUUUUGCAACAUAUGAACAAGUGUUGAGGAAGAAAAAAUGCUAGUCUGGAAAAAAAAAUGCUCAACAAAACUGCAGGUUGACUUUUGAAAGCCAAAGCAAUGAUGUAAAAUUGAAAACAAAAUUAUGUGGAAAAAAAAAU